ACCCUCCAGCGUAGUGUCAUCCACGAACUUGCUGAGGGCUACGGGAAGACAGAUGAUGUUUCAGAGAAAACUUCACUCGCUGAUCAAGAGGAAAUGAGAACUGUAUUCAUCAAUCAGCCCCAGUUGACCAAAUUCUGCAAUAAUCAUGUCAGCACUGCAAAAUACAACAUAAUCACAUUCCUGCCAAGGUUUCUUUAUUCCCAGUUCAGAAGAGCUGCUAAUGCAUUUUUUCUUUUUAUUGCAUUACUUCAGCAAAUUCCAGAUGUGUCGCCAACAGGUCGUUAUACAACAUUGGUUCCUCUGUUGUUUAUUUUAGCUGUAGCAGCAGUCAAAGAAAUCAUAGAAGAUCUUAAAAGACAUAAAGCUGAUAAUGCAGUGAACAAGAAACAAACACAAGUAUUCAGAAAUGGUGCUUGGGAGAUUGUCCACUGGGAAAAGGUAGAUGUUGGAGAUAUAGUUAUAAUAAAAGGCAAAGAGUAUAUACCUGCUGACACUGUACUUCUCUCAUCAAGUGAGCCACAAGCCAUGUGCUACAUUGAAACAUCAAAUUUAGAUGGUGAAACAAACCUAAAAAUUCGACAGGGCUUGCCAUUGACAGCGGAUAUAAAAGACAUUGACAGUUUGAUGAUACUUUUGGGCAGAAUUGAAUGUGAAAGCCCAAAUCGACAUCUCUAUGAUUUUGUUGGAAAUAUCAGACUAGAUGGGCAUGGUACUGUUCCACUGGGACCUGAUCAAAUUCUUCUACGAGGCGCUCAACUAAGAAAUACCCAGUGGGUUCAUGGAAUAGUUGUCUAUACUGGACAUGAUACAAAACUCAUGCAGAAUUCAACAAGCCCGCCUCUUAAACUAUCCAAUGUGGAACGAAUUACAAAUAUUCAGAUCUUAAUUUUGUUCUGCAUUCUUAUGGCCAUGUCUUUAAUCUGUUCUAUUGGUUCAGCUAUAUGGAAUCGAAGGCAUGGCCAAAGGGACUGGUAUCUCAAUCUAAACUAUGGUGGAGCUAACAAUUUUGGACUGAAUUUUUUGACCUUUAUCAUUCUCUUCAAUAAUCUCAUUCCAAUCAGUUUGUUGGUUACACUAGAAGUUGUUAAAUUUAUCCAGGCAUAUUUCAUAAAUUGGGAUAUAGACAUGCACUAUGAACCUACAGACACUGCCUCCAUGGCUCGUACAUCCAAUCUCAAUGAAGAACUUGGCCAGGUCAAAUACAUAUUUUCUGACAAAACUGGUACCCUGACUUGCAAUGUAAUGCAAUUUAAGAAGUGCACCAUAGCAGGAAUUGCUUAUGGCCAUUGUCCUGAGCCUGAGGAUUAUAGUAGUUCUUCAGAUGAUUGUCAGGGCUCACAGACUGGAGAAGAGAAACCAUUUAGUGAUCCAUCACUGCUGGAUAAUCUCCAAAACAAUCAUCCAACUGCACCUAUAAUUUGCGAGUUUCUAACAAUGAUGGCAGUGUGUCAUACAGCUGUUCCAGAAAGAGAAGGUGAUAAGAUUAUAUAUCAAGCAGCAUCUCCAGAUGAAGGAGCAUUGGUCAGAGCAGCCAAGCAUCUUCGUUUUGUAUUCACUGGAAGGACACCUGACUCAGUAAUUAUAGACUCUCUUGGCCAUGAGGAAAGAUAUGAAUUGCUAAAUGUGCUGGAAUUUACAAGCACUAGGAAAAGAAUGUCUGUGAUUGUUCGCACACCAACAGGGAAAUUAAGACUCUACUGUAAAGGAGCUGACACAGUAAUUUAUGACCGUCUGGCCGAGAGUUCAAAAUACAAGGAAAUUACUUUAAAACAUUUAGAGCAGUUUGCUACAGAAGGUUUAAGAACUCUCUGUUUUGCUGUUACUGAGUUAUCAGAAAGCGAAUAUCAAGAGUGGCUAGAUGUCUAUCAUCGAGCGUCAACAUCUAUACAAAACAGAGCACUGAAGCUUGAGGAGAGUUAUGAACUAGUUGAAAAAAAUCUUCAACUGCUUGGAGCUACAGCCAUUGAAGACAAGCUGCAAGACAAAGUGCCUGAAACCAUAGAAACUCUAAUGAAAGCAGACAUCAAAAUUUGGAUUCUUACUGGAGACAAACAAGAGACUGCUAUUAACAUUGGUCACUCAUGUAAACUUUUGAAAAAGAACAUGGGACUCAUUGUUAUCAAUGAAGGGUCUCUUGAUGGAACAAGAGAGACCCUAAGUCGUCAUUGCAGUACUCUUGGUGAUGCUUUGAGGAAGGAAAAUGACUUUGCUCUUAUAAUUGAUGGUAAAACACUGAAGUAUGCCUUGACAUUUGGAGUAAGACAGUAUUUCCUGGAUUUGGCUUUGUCAUGUAAAGCUGUUAUUUGUUGCAGGGUGUCUCCUCUUCAGAAAUCUGAAGUAGUAGAAAUGGUAAAAAAACAGGUUAAAGUAGUAACACUGGCAAUUGGUGAUGGAGCAAAUGAUGUUAGUAUGAUACAGACAGCACAUGUUGGCGUUGGUAUUAGUGGAAAUGAAGGGCUACAGGCAGCUAAUUCUUCGGAUUACUCCAUAGCACAGUUCAGAUAUCUGACGAACUUGUUGUUGGUUCAUGGUGCUUGGAACUACAGCAGAAUAGCUAAAUGCAUCUUGUACUGUUUCUACAAGAAUAUAGUCCUUUAUAUUAUUGAGAUCUGGUUUGCUUUUGUUAACGGCUUUUCUGGACAAAUUCUUUUUGAAAGAUGGUGUAUAGGUCUUUACAAUGUGAUAUUUACAGCUAUGCCACCACUGACUCUUGGAAUAUUUGAGAGAUCCUGCCGGAAGGAAAAUAUGCUGAAAUAUCCAGAAUUAUACAAGACUUCUCAAAACGCCCUGGACUUUAACACAAAGGUUUUCUGGGUUCAUUGUUUAAAUGGCCUCUUCCACUCAGUUAUUCUGUUUUGGUUUCCACUAAAAGCCUUCCACUAUGGUACUGUAUUUGGCAAUGGUAAAACUUCAGACUAUCUGCUCUUGGGAAACAUUGUUUACACUUUUGUGGUGAUAACAGUGUGUUUAAAAGCUGGAUUAGAGACUUCAUAUUGGACCUUGUUUAGCCAUAUAGCAAUAUGGGGAAGCAUUGCACUUUGGGUAGUGUUUUUUGGAGUCUACUCAUCCUUGUGGCCUGUCAUUCCUAUGGCACCUGACAUGUCCGGGGAGGCAGUUAUGUUGUUCAGCUCUGGAGUCUUUUGGAUGGGUCUGUUAUGUAUUCCUGUGACAGCUUUGCUUUUUGACGUAGUAUACAAAGUAAUCAAGAGAGCUACUUUUAAGACACUGGUAGAUGAAGUUCAGGAGUUGGAAGCAAAAUCUCAAGAUCCAGGGGCAGUUGUGCAUGGGAAGAGCUUAACUGAAAGAGCUCAACUACUGAAGAAUGUCUUUAAGAAGAGUCCUGUGAACUUGUACCGCUCUGAAUCUCUGCAGCAAAACUUGCUUCAUGGCUAUGCAUUCUCUCAAGAUGAAAAUGGAAUAGUUUCCCAAUCUGAAGUAAUAAGAGCUUAUGAUACCACAAAACAAAGACCUGAUGAAUGGUGA